AUGGACGGACAACUCAUGCCAUCCACACCCAUCAGACAGCGUGCGGCCUCUCCAGCCCGAGAGCCCACGCCAGGCAUGUCGACGAACAAGCCAGGCCCAACUUCAUCAGACAUGAUGCCGGAGCCAGUUCCGGCCACCUACGUGAUGCAAGAACCAAAUGUGCCCCCUCCCAUGAUGGCAGAGCCAAUUCCGGACACCCUCAGGAUCACAGGGCCAAUCCUACCCCCUCCCAUGAUGACAGGGCCAAUCCUACCCCCUCCCAUGAUGACAAGGCCAACUCUACCCCCUCCCACCAUGAGACAGCCAGACCUACCCCCUCCCAUCAUGCCAGGGCCAACCCUACCCCCAAUUCUGGCUCCGGUCUUCCCUCCACAGGUGGGCGGACAUCAAUCUCCCUCUGGCAACGUCAAUCUGAACCCUGGGCUUCAGCAGCUUGCACGACUCUGUGAUGACUUGAAAAACGAGAUCGUGCCUGCCUGCAAAGAAAGGUUCGAAUCUCGCAUGCGAGAACAGUUUUUGGAGCGCAUACAGGCCGCGGAAGAGCGAGUCCAGAAAGCGGAAGCGGACGCCAACGUCUGGAAAAAGCAAGCAGAGGAUGCGCAAGUUUGGGCAGACGCCCACGAAGCGCUCGCAGAGACCGCGACAGCGCGAGUAGCUGAAGCGACAGCGCGAGCACGGGACUGGGAAGCUCAAGCAAAGACCGCGGAAGCUCAAGCAUUGGCCGCUAAUGAGCGAGAAGGUGACUUGAGGAAGCGAGGAAGUGAGGCGAUCAAGGUAGGGCACGAGCAGAAAGUCAGAGCAGACGAGCAGGAAAAAGAAGCAAUGGCCUGGAAGAGGCAAGCAGAGAGUGCGACAGCGCAAGCAAGGACCGCAGAAGCUCAAAAAUUGGAUGUAGCACAGCGAUUACUGACCAUGGAGAGGACAGCAAAACUUGAGAAAGCGAUAUCAGAGAUCUGGAAAGAUCGAGCAAAGGACGCCGAAGCUCAAGCAAAGGAUGCGGCACAGCGAGCACUGACCCUGGAGACACGAGCAAACGACGCGGAAGAACAGGCACGUGCCUCCAAAGAACGAGAAGACCUCGCGCAGUUGCAAUCUCAUCACUGGAAAAGGUGUACAGAGAUUGCCACAGCGCAAGAACAGGCCGCGAAAGAGGAAACACAGGACUGGAAAAAACAAGCAGACGAGGCGACAGAGACGGUCCGCACCGUGACCACCAUGGUAGUGCACUUGGAGGAAGAGCUCCUGUUCCGUGAACAGAAGUUUCAAACUCUUAAGCAGACCCUCCAAGAGCGACAACGGGCCUUCGACGCCGACGUGCGUUGUUACACAGCAGCACUCGAGGUCUUCCAGAAUCAGAACCCGGACCGAUCUCGGCGACAGCUCGAGAAGAAGAAGCAACAAUUGAAAAAGUACAGAAAAGCCAUCCGUGUACAUCAAACACAUUGUCAAGAACUGACGGAGGAACUGUCCAAGGCCAACGCCAGACUGUCCAAGGCCAACGCCAGACUGGUGGCAAUCGACGACCUGCGCUGCAACUGCUGCAGUGACGAUGUCAAGGAGGUCUUUUUGCCGUGUGGGCACGCAUUCUGUAAAGAAUGCGUGUACCAAUGGCUGUCCAAGCACGACACUUGCCCCACGUGCCGGGCGCAUUGUCACCUCGCCGAUGCCCGCGACCUAUACAUCGGGGGACCUAUUCCGGAUCCCACGCCCGAGGUCGAUGACCAUUCCAGUGAUCAAGACGAGGAAAUGUCCGAGCUCGUCGACGAGGUAGCAGACAGUGAGGAGGACGAGGACGAGGACGAGGACGAGGAGGAAAUGCCCGAGCUCGUCGACGAGGCAGCAGACAGUGAGGAGGACGAGGAGGAGGACAAGGACGAGGAGGAGGACAAGGACGAGGACGAGGAGGAGGACAAGGACGAGGAGGAGGACAAGGACGAGGAGGAAAUGCCCGAGCUCGUCGACGAGGCAGCAGACAAUCAGUAG